AUGGCUAGCCCGAGUGGAAGUCCCCAGCCGAGAGGUUGGUUUAGGUUUCGAUACGAAGAAGACAGAGAGUCUCCAGCUGAUGCCAGGAACGUUCUACUUAUGUGGCGGAGCUAUAGCAGCAGUGAGUUUUCAGGCCGGCGUCAACCCUCCUGGUGGCAUUUGGCAGGACAGCCACGUUGGAGUCGUGAACAAACAAUGGGAAGUGCAAUAUAUGCAGACCAAAAACAAGUAUUCUAUGUUUUCUUGAUAGCAGCCAAUGCUCUGGCUCUUUCAACAUUGCUUACUUAUGGACUCCCUUUCUAUUUUGAAGUGUGGGUUGCUACUUCGUUUAUGUUUGCAACUUAUGCAUCGGCCAUUUUUUGCCAUUGCGCCUGA